AGAGCGGCUCGUGUCAAGGGGAGCACGCGCUGUCAUCGGUGAGAACGUGUUCGUACUCGGCGGCGGGACCAUCGGCGCCAGCGACUCUACAUUGUUGGCGCGCAUUGUAUAUUCGUCGCUACCCCGUAGCUGUUCGUCGCGGGACUUUUCCAAAAUUUCUAUUUCCUCGAACUCGUUCUCACCCUUGAUUCAACCGCCGCUCUCUGAAACUUUUAAGAGAACGUUCAAUCGGCGAUCGCCGAGUCGACUGUUUUUCUUUUCUUUUUUUUUUCGGUCGUUUCUUCUCCGACCGUGACUAAGACUGUGACUGUGAUUCCGAUUCCGACUCUAACCGUGACUGCGACCGUACCGUGACUAUCACCGUGAUCGUGAUUGUGACUGUGAGACUCCACCUCCACGUCCACCUCCACCCCAAACAUCCCCACCGCCAGAUUCGUCGGCACGUCCAUUUCCUCCUCUUGCCGUUCGUUCUCCCUCUGCCGCGUCGCCACGUUCUCCACCUCUUCCUCUUUCUUUCCGCGCGUUUCGAGAUUCGCGUAUCGCGGCUAAGAGUGUCCGGUUGUCAUGCGUCGACGGUGAACGCGAUAAGGCGCGACCGUAUCAGAGUUGUCGUCGAUCCGUCCGCUGUCGGCGCGGUUCUUGAACACGUCCGACCGAUAUGUUUCGUUACCAGUGAUAUCACGGUCCAACGUCAGUCCGACGGAGUCCGGCGUUCGUCGUCCCCUUGGAUCUCGCGGGUCGCUCGGAAAUCGACAAUACAUGUAUAGAUUGCCACCGGGCCGUCGUAAGUCGAGGCAUAAAUGCGAGGACGUUCCGUCGCUUCCGCGUCCCGCGUCCGUCGAACGAACUCUUCGACGUCAACGUUCCCGCAAGACGUUCGCCCGUUUACGCAGCCCGAAAUCGGUCGAUUCUGUGAGUGUGUGCGCAGGCGCGGUUUUCGAAACGGUCGGCCGUAAAAACGUGGUGCCGCCCUCGAGGCCAGCGCGUCGACGAAACUGCGAUCGCGGAACGCGUUCGCCGACAGUGAAAUUCGAGUAGCUCGGAUCGCGAUCCGAGAGUUGCAACGCCGAGAGACGAACGAAAGCCGACUCGAGAGAACACGCGGCCGGAUAGCUGGUCCUGUUGAACGAUUUGGCGAAUCACUAUGCUAGCCGUUUUCGUGGCUCGGAACCGUUGGCGACCGUGCAUCCGAGUCUGAAGAUCGCCGCAGGAUCCGAACGAACCUUACCCCGAGGGACGACGCAAGGGGAGGAGAAGAGCCGUCGCGAGGACGAUGGACCUCGGGACGCGAGCCGAUGAUUCGGCGAUCUCGACGCGCGCGUCGACGACGUCCGUUACCCGUUUCCGGCUCAAAUAGGAAAUUCGCGGAUCGUUCGAACUCGAAGGGGGAGAACACAGAAGCAAAGUGGUGCGAUGGCAGUAGUGGUGACGUCCGAGUAUUGACAAGGUGCGCGCGUGCGACGAUCGUUCUGGGUCGGGUUUGCGCGGGACCAACCGGAGGCACAUCGGGGAAAAAUGAGCCGUCGUUUCGUUCGUCGGCCAGCUCGUUCGAUUCGUUCUUUCGUCGAAGGAGACGACAACGGUACCGGGACAACGACGGUGUGACACCGUGUACUCUACGAAUCAUCGGAUAGCAUCGAUAUCAUCCGGCGUUCUGGCCCGGGGACGAUAGUGCGCGCCGAGCGAUGACCCCGCGAGGAUUUCCGACUCCGACGAAACGUUGAAUCGAUGGAGGAAGGGUAGUAAAAAACGCGACUACGCGGUAGGACGUCGGAGGAAGACGCGCGACACAGAGCUUAGGGCACGCAGGAGGACGCGAGAGACGCGCGGGUAAGGCGAAAAAGCAGGGCGCGCAAGGGCGACGCAUCGGUAUCCUCGAUAUCGCGGAGUUCGACCGACGAAUCUAACAAGAGAGGUGCCGGGUCUCAGAUUGGAUGGUUCCGCGGGGGCUGACCCUUGGGAGGUCGAUUUGGGAGCAGUUCGAAUCGGAGCCGGUGCCGGAGCCGGAGCCGGUGCCGGAGCAGCAACGUUUCUACGACUCUCCGCCACCACGGAUGGACGUGAGCGUGUGCUGCUUGCCCGCCAGUGCCGGCUCGGGGGCCCAGCACCCUCAUCCUCAUCCAGCGAGCUUGCCUUCCGGCGGACAACCGACGACGGUUCAGCCACCCUAUCAGUAUGCCGAUCAGAUAGUGCCGGAUCGGGGUCAGCCCGACGGAUUGCCGGUACUCGGCUGCACCGGUCAGGAUAACUGGCAGCAAAUCUCGUCCGCUUCCAGCGUCGCCGGCGCCGUCACCGCUGCUACAACAACCACCUACAUCGAUUACUCGUGGCUGCAGAUGCAGCAGACGUCGGACCUGGACACGUUACUGUGCAGACAGGAUCUCGACCGACUGCAGAAACUCGACGAAGAUGACCCGGAGAAGGACACCAGGGAGUCCUCGAUGCAGAUGGAGGACUUCUUCGAGGUCGGCGGGCCGGUCUGCCGGCCGCAGGCCAGCUUCGUGUCGUCGAGGAGCCAUCCGACGGGCAACGACGACGACGUGUUCCUCAGGCCGCCGCUCUGGGAGGACAUCACCUCGAGCAUACAGAAGCUGGACCCGGAGAACGCGGACAUGCUCGGCUCGCAGUCCCACGUCAAGAUGGAAACGGACGACGUGACGUCGCCGGUGCUGUCGCCCGUCGAUAUCAAGAGCGAGCCGCUGCCGCCCCCGCCGACUUUGCACCUUCUGGAGGGCCCGGUCUCGAAUUCGGUGCAAACGUUCGCCACGACCGCCGUCGUCGCGGCCAACGGACAUCGGAACCCCACGAACGGGCAGCGGGUCGUUCACCAUAGAACACCGACGCCGGCCUUCAAGACAUUCCCCUCGAACAACAACAACAACAACAACAGCAUCCACAUCAACAAUAACAACAACAACAGCAGCGGCGGCAUCGAUAACAACGGCAGCGGCAAUGUCGGCAUCGGCAACAACGGUAGCGGUACAAAUAGCAACAACAAUAACAACUGCGGUAACAACAACAACAACAACAGCAGCAGCAACAACAACAAUAACGAUUCGACGCCGAAUCAUCAGGUCGGUGGGAACGCGUCGUCCCCGAUCUACGGCUCGAUGACCAGGCUGAUGUACAUUUCCCCGUUGACGCCGCCAAUCUCCGAUCCCGGCUCGCCGAUCGGGGUGGCGCCGAGGCGGACCCCGCCGCCGCCCUACCCUCAACCCUCCAUCAUGAAUCCUGCUCACAGAAUUCAGCAUCCGGGCAUCACCACGAAGUUCAAUAGGCGAAACAAUCCGGAGCUCGAGAAGCGACGCGUCCACCACUGUGAUUUCAUAGGUUGUACGAAGGUAUACACGAAGAGUUCGCAUCUGAAGGCGCAUCAGCGGAUACACACAGGCGAGAAACCGUACCAGUGCCAGUGGCCGGAAUGCGAAUGGCGGUUCGCCAGAAGCGACGAAUUGACUCGUCACUAUCGAAAGCACACCGGCGCGAAGCCUUUCAAGUGCGCGGUGUGCGAACGAUCGUUCGCUAGGAGCGACCACCUCGCCCUCCAUAUGAAGCGACAUCUUCCGAAGCAGCACGCCAAGUGACCGGCCAGCCGCUCGUCGGACACUCCGGCGACGAGCCCUCGCGCCAAGGAUUUUCCAUACCGUUUCGGCUCGGAGGAGACCGAGGACCGAGGAGACCGUGGACACAACCGCCUCUUCGCCUAGCCAACCGCUAGGCACGGCGCGCGUUCGUCACUCGGAUAGGUUUCGAUCCGGCGAUUCGACUCGGCCUCUUGCGAGAAUCGAUACCGCGCGGAAUUCGCUCGUUGUUACACGAACGACGCGAAGAAUAGUCUCGACUCGUUGUUCGCAACUAUUAGUAUUCGUUCGACGCGCCAUCCAUCGAUCUUACGGUAUAAACUGUUCGCGAUGUUACAGCGGGUUGCGGGAAAUCGGUUUGUCCGUGCGACGAUGCGAACAACGAUCCUAGUGGCUGGACCACUAAACGCGAACGUCGCGACCGUAUCGGCUCCGCGUUCUCGUCUGUCGGAUUUACUCGUCGCACGGCGACACGUUUCGGGAUCUCGUGCGAGCUCGGCUGUUUCGAACGGUGCAAAAUCUGGAGGAGAUCUUCGAGCCAACGAGCUGAACGCGGAGUGCACACUUUGUGCCUGUACGAUGUUCACCGUCGAGUAUGGACCAGGCGAGUAUGUACAACGGUGUACGCGAUCUUAGAGAAACUACGAGAUACGAAUGAACGGGUUCGGGACGGCUCGGACGGAGCCCCCGAAGAUAAGAAAAGUCGUAAAGGAAAUUUUCAGAAUCGGCAUCCGAUCGAUGUCGCAACGCUUGUUUCGAUGUCUUCAGCUCCCAAGCGCGGCCCGGCACUCUUUUGCAACAUGCUUGACGUUUUCGCGACUGCUUUCGUAUCGUCUCCAGUCGCCGAUCGUAAACGUCGCUCGUCGGAAUCGCGCGGCUCGCGGCUCGACGUCGGCAUCUCUCUCCCUGUCGAACGAAACGAAUGAGUCGAGUAAAAGCGAGUCGAGGUCGAAAAGGUAUUUUUGAGAGCGGCGCGCGAGUAAAAGCGUCAACACUUUUUAUGCGGUCUGCGUCCGACGAUCGAAAGUUUUCGGCAUUCGUUUCCGACUACUGCGCGCGACUCUUCUGGAUGCGGCUGUUGCUUAACGAUCGGGUCGCGUUCUUUCGCACAGCUGCGCUCGGUCACCUUUUCGCAGGCUACCUGAUCUUUUCUCUCUCUCUCUCUCUCUCUCUCUUCCGCUCUCUGUCUUUCUCUCUUUCUCUCUGUUUUCUCUAUAUUUUAGUCUCUCUUUUUUUUAUAAAAUUUUGGCUGACUUCGUAUCCACGAAGAUCGCUUUCCGCCGUGAACGGUUUAUCGCUCGUGGUCCACCGUGUAUUCGUCUCUCUCCUAUGCCCGAUUUAUAGGAAAAAAAAAGGAAAAGAAUCAAACAAAGAAAAUAUCGUGAUGCCUUAUGUACAAAUUCGUAUAGCUGCGUAAAUUUAUGUAUAUACCUUCAUACGUAUAAGCGUAUGCAUGUUUUGUACGUAAGUACGCGUAAUAUCAUCGGUAAACGAGAAAUUUAUGCACUUGCGUGCAUAAUGUAUGUGUGUGCGUGUGUCUCUACGUGUAAAAAAAAAAUCGAUACAUAUCCAGUGACUAUGUAGCUAGUGUAAUAUUACUUGUACAAUAUGCGAUUUUAGUAUUUGAGCUCGCGUUCGUAAUGUUCGUCGACUCGAAAUUUGAUCUAUUAUCCUAGAUGAAUCUUCUAAAAUGUAGUGCGUCCAAUACGAAUACGUAGCGAUAUAAGAGAUAAAAAAAAAACGGCGAAA